AUGGGUAAUCUAUUGAGCGCUCCCACUAGUGGCAAACUCCCUCCGAGUCCAUUCGAGCUCAUGUGGCGUGAAAAACGUAAACGAGCAACGUCGCUCACAUACAUUCCAGGUCAAGCAUCAGAUUUUUAUUUUUUCUGUCGUAAUGGUGAAAUAGACAAAGUGCGUCAAGUACUUGAUGCUGAAGACGCACCGUCAAUCGAACAAUUGAACGAACUGCAGCCAAACGGGAGCACAGCAUUACACGCUGCCACAUUUUACCAACAUCGAGAUAUUGUGAAGCUUUUACUUGAUCGAAAUUGUUCUCGAACAGAACUAAAUCAUUUCGGUCGUACUGCUUACGAAGACGCACGAAGUCCUGAAAUGAAACAAUUAUUUGAACGAGCAGAUUCUACUGGUCGUUUUCAUGAGUUGGAUGUAGCUCAUGCAAUCGCUGUCUACUUGCCAGAAGAAAACGAUAGAGAUCCAGCAGUAAAUGAAACACAACAUUUUGUACAAGUUUUUAAAACAGAAGAAGAAAUUUUCCAACAUGCACUCAAUCAACAAACAACAGCAAUGUGGCUGAAAUUUUACAAUUGGUUCGCGCAUACAUUUCGUAUAUUUAUUGAACGUGAAGAGUUUCAUAUUGAGCAGUUUGAUCUGUUGCAACACGGCGAUUUUCAGCAGUUUCUCAAAUCCAAUCUGUCCGAUCCAGUUCACUAUCAACUCACAAUCAGAUCAGUCAAUGAAGCCCAACGGCGCAACUCGAUUGAACCAUUAAUUAGGUUGUAUACUAAUGAACUGGCCGGUUUCUAUCGUCCAUUCAAUAAGCAAUUGACUCGUUCGACCAACGAUGCUGCAAAAAGUCCUCACUUAUGUGACCGAUUCAUUCUCGAGUUUUAUAUUCGCCGUCAUGAACUCAAACAACGUGCAUUUACAGGUACCGUGUAUCGUGGUGCUACGUUGCCUGCAGCCGAUUUAACUGUGUAUGAACAUGCUUUGUCUAGUGAUCCGCCAGGUGUUCUCGGUCUCAAAGCAUUUACGUCGACAUCAACAGAUCCACUUGUUGCUCUCAGAUUUGCAACUAAAAAUCCACCAACUGCUGAUCAGAGGAACGUUCUAUUUGUUUUUGAGAUACAGAAAGCAACAUCAACUAUUUUUGGCAUUGAAGAUAUUUCUCAAUAUAUUCAAGAGCAUGAAGUGCUAGUUCUACCAGGCAAUUUAUUCAUUGUUACAAAAAUUCGAGAAGAUCCAGGUCUCCAUGUUACUACAAUUUAUCUGCAUCAUUGGCAUGUACCAGUUACCUUUUUGACCAAAAUCAAGCAAACAUUUCAUGCGGGAAGAAAGAGUACUGUCGGAAAUACAACACAUUUGGUCAAUAAGAAAAUUAACUAG